GUAUCCCUUUUGGCCGCUCUCGCCUGCCGUCCCAGCCACCGUCUCCAACUCUCACAAAGUACGCCGCUCAGAAACUUAAAACGAUAAAAACUCAAUGUUUUCUGCUCUGAAAUAAGAAUUUAACAAUUAGCUGGCGUCCUCAUGGCAGAGCGGUUCUAUGUCGGGGUGGAUGUGGGCACCGCCAGUGUCAGAGCCGCCCUGGUGACCAGAGACGGUCAGCUGAGGAGGACGGCCGAGGAGCCCAUCAGCAUCUGGGAACCCCAGUCCGACCACUAUGUCCAGUCCUCCACGGAGAUAUGGGACAAAUGCUGCAAGGUGGUCAAGAAAGUUAUCGAUGGUGUGAAGAGCAGCCAGGUUCGGGGGAUUGGCUUUGAUGCCACCUGCUCCCUCGUGGUUUUGGACCAAAGCUUCCAGCCUGUGCCAGUCAGUCAGGAUGGUGACAGCCAAAGGAACGUGGUGAUGUGGAUGGACCAUCGUGCUGCAGAACAGGCUGCUCGGAUAACAAACACAGGCCACGGGGUCCUGAGCAGGGUGGGAGGGGUCAUGUCACCAGAGAUGCAACCCCCAAAGCUGCUGUGGCUCAAAGAGAAUCUGAAGGAAAGCUGCUGGAACAAAGCCGCACACUUUUUUGAUCUACCAGACUUCUUGUCUUGGAAGGCAACAGACUCUCUAACAAGGUCUUUGUGUACUCUGGUGUGUAAAUGGACGUACUGCCCUCCAGAAGGAUGGGAUGCCAGCUUUUGGACCAGCAUUGGCCUGGAGGACCUUCUGGAAAAUAACUUUUGCAAAAUAGGCAGUGCGUCAUGCUCUCCAGGAAGUCCACUAGGAGACGGUCUCACUCAGGAGGCAGCGGCAGAUUUGGGUUUGGACCCUGGAAUUGCAGUCGGUGCUUCUCUGAUCGAUGCUCAUGCUGGAGGUUUAGGUGUGAUAGGUGCUGAUGUGACUGGUUUUCAGCUGCCCUGUGAGAACCAGCCGAUCACCUCACGCAUGGCGAUGAUCUGUGGGACGUCAUCCUGCCACAUGGCGAUCAGUGAGCGGCCUCUGUUUGUGCCUGGAGUGUGGGGACCCUGUUUGUCUGCUAUGGUGCCUGACAUGUGGCUCAACGAGGGCGGACAGAGUGCUACAGGAAGGCUGAUCGACCACGUGGUGAAGGGCCACGCCGCCUACAGUCAGCUCCAGGAAAAGGCCCAGCAGAGAGCUCCUUUUACUGGUGAGAAUAUCUACAGCUACCUGAACAGCCACUUGAGCUUGAUGGCUAGCUCUGAUUCUGCUGUCGAUCUGCUGGGAUCCAGUCUUCACGUUUGGCCGGACUUCCACGGAAACAGGUCGCCGCUGGCUGACCCCACUUUGAAAGGCAUGGUGGUCGGACUGUCUCUCUCCCAAACCCUGGAUGACUUGGCUCUGCUCUAUUUGGCCACGAUUCAAGCCCUUGCUCUCGGUACGCUUCAUAUUCUGGAGGCCAUGAAAGAGGCAGGACAUGACAUCAGAACCCUCUUCCUGUGUGGAGGGUUGAGCAAAAACCCGCUGUUUGUACAGAUUCACGCCAACGCUACAGGACUGCCUGUAGUUUUGCCAGACCAGAUGGAGGCUGUGUUAGUGGGAGCAGCAGUCCUGGGUGCAUGCGCAUCACAGGACUACAGCAACAUACAGGAGGCGAUGGAGAAAAUGGCAAAAGUGGGGAAAGUUGUUCAGCCCGAUCCUGAAGUCCAGAGCUUCUAUGAGAGAAAGUACAAAGUGUUCCUGCAGCUGUUCUCCCACCAGAGGGAGUACCAGGCCCUCAUGAACCACAGAUGACAGAGCUGGAAGUGACUCUCUGUGACGGUGAAGACACUGGAAACGAGAGCAGACGUCUUAACCUUGCUGCUCAUCCGCACACAAUUAAUGUCCCUUAUGUUUGAUUUUGAUAAAUAACUAUCCCAGAAAACCCAAAGGGGGCAGUUUUCUGACUUGGAGCAUCUAUCAAGGGGCUUGGUUGGUUCUAAAUAUAUUGUCAAGAUCAAAUAUGCAGGAUUUAAAAAUGCUUGGCAGAUGACCGCCGAUAAGACCUGUUGGGUGUUUGUCUGCUUCACAUUGAACAGGAACAAAUGCAGCAGCAUCAACAACAGCUGACUCAGUGUUUGACUUCCAAAAUCAAACACCAUCAUUCAUUGUCAUCUUCAAAUGCAUUCCUAAUAAAUAUUUCAAAUGAUAAAACGCUG